AUGGACUUCAGCAGGUACAGCCCGAUAAUCAUUCUACUCCAAGGCUGGCUUGACCUUGCAGAGCCCGGUGGCCUAUGCAAGGCUGUUGAGUCUGCUAAAAAGAAGGUUCCCGCAUUCAUGGAAAAGGUCGGUAUCCACAAAGGCGACGAUUUCCUCAAGUUCGCCAACGACCUCCUCAAAUGGAUCCCGCACGAGGAUUUCAAGGGCAAGAAUAUCUACCAGAUCCUUGCGCUGUUCUACUUCAUCCUCGACCAGCCGCCUCUCAAGAAGUGCCAGACCGAGAUUCACCCCAACCAGAUUGGCAAGGACCUGACAUGGCUCUCAUCCUGGAUUGUUGUCUAUGCCCAACUCGUCGGCCUACACAUGGACACACCAAAUUCCCUCACACAACACUCCUUGGAGACAUUCAAGAAGACGCCUUCUUACAGGUACGGGGAGGCUCUGGUGCCCAAGAGGGGCUUCCGCACUUUUAAUGAGUUCUUUACCAGACGCUUGAAGCCCGGCAUGCGGCCCAUCAGCUCGCCCCUUGACGACACGGUCAUCGUCUAUCCGGCGGACUGCAGGUACGACGACUCCACGAGCCAGAACGCCUUCAACGUGCGGUCCGCGGGCGUGGUGGACAUUAAAGGCAUUCAAUGGGCUAUCAGUAGCCUGCUCCAUGGAAGCAAGUACCAUGAAGAGUUCCACGGCGGCAUCUGGAUGCACGCUUUCCUCAACACGUUCAACUACCACCGGCAGCACGCACCGGUCGCCGGCACCGUGUGCGAAGCCAUCAACAUCCAGGGCGCUGCAUACCUUGAGGUUGACGUCAAGACCAACCCAAUUCGCGAAUUCUUCGCGUCCGCCGAACAGCAGCCAGAAAUGGAAGACAAUGCUGGCUACCAGUUCCUGCAGUCACAGGCUGUCAUCAUCAUUGACAACCCUGUCGUAGGGAAAGUGGCUGUGCUGCCAAUCGGCAUGGCCCAGGUCUCGUCCGUCAGACUUUCGGUCCAAGAGGGCGACAUACUUUGCAAAGGAGAUGAGAUCUCGACCUUCGCUUUGGGCGGCUCCGACAUUAUCUGCGUGUUCCAGCGCCAGGCCGGCUUGACGGUGAACGAUCUCGUGCCUUCGCCAGAGGGGACAUACUCCAAGUACGGGACCAUUCUGGCGCGGGCGAAACCGCUGGGCAGACAGAAUGGCAAAAGUCACAGCGGCACUGCUUCCAAUAGCAGGGUGCAGAAUGGUGAGAGCCAUCACGGUAGAUCUCAUUCCUAG